CCGGCAGACUGAUUUAAACGGUGUAAGCUUCUAUUUCUAUCCAAAUCAAGUGGUAACCAGACGAGUGCAACACUUCAUACGCUCGUCCACGGUAGGCUUGCCAUACACCGCAGAAGAGCGCAAAAUAUUCGUCAGAAUUUUUACUCGCGUGGUAGCCACACACACCCGGUCGAUACAGCAUUAUUAGUCGAAACUUUUUCUUCAUUUUCAUUCGACAACUAAGAGUCUACGAGAGUGGCUGUGCUAUCGAAUCGAACUUUUAGUUUGAAUUUACGCGCCAAUCAGGUAAAUCGGUUUUGAUACCACGCGAAUAGUUGCUGGGUGAUGUGAAGAACGUUGAAACAGCAAUGUGUACAUAGAUGGUUCGAAAAGAAAACGAAAAGUUAACUGAGGAAAUUUCAAGCAUGCUAGUUUGGAGUGAAAUUUAGAUUUGUGAAAUAGCAAACAGUGUCUGGAAUUACAUACAUGAAAACAAUGCCUACAUCGACAUGAAUAACCAAUUACAGUAACAAUGCGAAGUUCAAAAACGAAAUCGGUUAUCUGUUUUUUCAUAGCGAUCUUGAUUGAAUGCAGCGCCAAGGAAUUUAGUAUUGGACCGUGCCAUUUUUUGUAUCUGGAACCAUGCACUUCAGAUACCAUAGAGUUCUAUUUGUUCACCAGUGACAAACCGCAAGACGCGCCAAUUUUGUUGGAUAACAUUGACCCCAAAGUUCCAAGCCAUAUAAAUCUAAAAUAUAGAAAUAAGCUCAUCGUGCAUGGAUAUGGUGGAAACAUAGACUUUAAUGCCACAAAAAUGAUUCGGAAUGCCUACCUCAAACAACCAGCUACGAACGUUUUAGUCGUAGAUUGGGGAAAACUCUCCAAGCUUCCCUGUUAUCCAACGGCGGCUUUCAACACCAAACAAGCCGGCGAGUGUACCGCGACAUUCCUAAUUGGUCUCAAGGCCAAUCAUCCGGAGUUCAGCAGCAAGGAUCUACACGCCAUUGGUUUCAGUCUAGGUGCUCACGUACUCAGCUUCACCAGCAAUGCGUUGGAGAAAUCAAUUGGCAUUAAAUUCAAGCGGAUUACAGGACUGGAUCCGGCUCUACCAUUUUUCGCCACUGCACCUCAGCAAUGGAAGUUAGAUCUAACGGAUGCAGACUUUGUCGAUGUCAUACAUACGAACGCGGGUAUGUAUGGAAAGAUUGAAACCUGUGGUCAUGUUGAUUUCUACAUCAACGGGGGACAUAACCAGCCAAUGUGUGAGAAUGAUCAAAAUCAGCCUCUCUGCAGCCAUUUGAUGUCGGCUAUCUACUUCGCCGAGUCGAUCUCCAGCAAGCAAGGCUUCUGGGCAACAAAAUGUACCAGUUAUUUCACAUACUUUUUUGGCUUCUGUCGAUAUAAAGCUGAACAGCAACAUCAGCAAUCAACGGACGACGAUAGCCGAAUCCAGGAAGCAAGCUACAGUGAAAACAAUUUAUUCGAUUCCAAUCGAAUUUUGAUGGGCGAGAGCUGUUCGAAUACUGCCGAGGGAGUAUAUUUUGUACCAACCAACAUGAAACCACCGUACGCUAUGGGUUUCUAAGGCAACAGAGCAAGAAACGUACACCAAUCGUCGAGUAAACGAUUUUCAAAGUUGCGGUGGGGACUUGCCAUAUGAGUGAUCUUUCUAUUUCACAAAACGUUCCUUAAGAUGUCACAUUUGGAAACAUGCGGAAACCAGUAAUGGAAUUCAAGACCACUUCAAGCUACAUUAUGACAAUCUGGACACUGCAAGACGAUUGAAUUUGAAUUUCAAUGUGGACACUCCGGUGUAAACAUGAUAAAACGUAAAACGUUCGAUCAACUGUCACCACAAGGAAUCAUGCAUCUGCCAUAGCCAUUAGUUGAAUUCGAAAAAAUCUCGAGCUAGCGUAAUCGUUCCUGUAUUAAGUUUACAAAUAUACCACAGUAGUUACCAUUGCUCAAUGAUACGAUACGAUAACGAACAUCUCAGACUAUUUUAGCUAGGGUUAAUGAAGUAUAAGUAUUAUUGACGAGUUCUUAUUCAAAUAUGCAUUUAA